AAUAAUUGAAUUUGGUCACUUUUCCAGAGCUUGGAAAGUGAGCGAGCGCUGUUCGGCAGGAAGUUAAGCUAUAUCAUUCCAAAGCGCAUGCGCACAAGCUGCCAACAAUCAAGCGAUGCGUUUGUCUUCAUAAAACGUGUAGCCUUGUGACUGCGAUGGCGAACACAGAUGAGAUGACUGUGUCUGUGGGGGAUGUGCUGAUGGUGAAGACUGAUAAUGAAGAUGCAAAUGACCCGACUAAGACUCAGGUCAUCCUUCAGCUCCAGCCAAUCCCUACUGGAGAUGAGUCUGCUGAAACGGAUGCAGCUGUCAUGGCUGUCGAAGGUCAAACAGAACAAAGUGAAGGAGAAGAUGUUGAAUAUGGCUGUCCCAUAACAUGUGGUGACUGCAAAGCUAUGCUGCUUGUGAAAAAAUUUGUGUGCCCAGGAAUCAACGUGAAGUGUGUGAAGUAUGAAGACCAGCUGAUCAGCCCGAAGCAGUUUGUGCACAUGUCAGGAAAAGCCACUCUAAAAGACUGGAAGAGAGCCAUCCGGAUGGGGGGAGUCAUGCUGAGGAAGAUGAUGGAUUCGGGUCAGCUGGACUUCUACCAGCACAGCACACUUUGUACCAACACGUGUCGCAGCACCAAGUUUGACCUUUUAAUAAACAACACUCGCUUCCCCCCGGACGGCACCGGCCUCACGACAGCCGUGUCCUCUCAGGCUCAGGCCACCCUGGGUAACGGCGGGACAGCGUCUGAGGAUCGAGUCGAGGUUCUGGGUGGGAAGUCGGACUGGGGGUCGAGUUCAUUAGAUUCUGCGGACAAAGGAUCCAGUGAGAUCUCAGAGGACACACUGAACUUCUGGAAGGGCAUUGCAGACGUGGGCUUACUGGGGGAAGUGGUGACCAACAUCAGCACGGAGCUGAUGCAGAUGCUGAACGGCAUGCUGCAGCGCAAAGAGCAGAGCACUAUACAGGAUGCAGAUUCCUGUCUGGUAGAGGUGGCCGUGCUCAGCAACCUCGCCCAAGUUUUCGGCCUUCUGGACUCAGUCAAGAAGAUUCUGGAGAAGAGGAGGCAGCAGAUGGAUCCCAGUCAGGAGCAGAUCCUCUCAAACCUGGAAGCUCAGUUGGAAGAGCAGCAGAAGCAGCAGCAGGUGCGAGCCCUUCUCUCCAGCCCACAGGCUCCUAAAAACAAAAGCACCACCAAGCGACCAAACAAGCGGCCUCGCCUCCAGAGGCCCGCCUCCACCACCACCCUCUUGACAUCUCCCGUCAGCCAGCAGGCGGCGCUGCAGCCCCAACAGUUCACAGUCCUGUCCCCAAUCUCACUGUCCUCUGUGGGGCAGCCGUUCACCGUGGCGGGGCUGCCCAUCGGCUCUCUGGCCCAGUCCUCCAACACGGUCACCCUGCUUCCUGCUGGGUCGCAGCUCUUCACUCGCUACAUGGUCGCGGGAGAUGGAAAGACUGACACCAUCACCUUACACCCGUCCUCUGGUCUCACGCUGCUUGGCACCACCGCCGUGCAGGACUCCAGCCAGCUGGGGACAGUGGUGAGCCCCAUGGAGCUGGUACACCUGAGCCAACAGGCCAGCGGGGCCGAGGUGGUGCCUAUAGAGGGCCAGGUGGUGGACAGAGCCAUGCUGGUACAGCAGGAAGUGAUGCCGGCCGAGCUGGAGGCGAGCCAGGAGCACACGGUCAUUGAAAUCAACCCGACGCCCGUGGAGCAAACAGUGGGGGUGAUGGAGCUGCAGCUGGCCGCGGAGCCGGGCAGGGAUCAGACCACUAUGAUGGUCCAGAGUGGGAUGAAGGUGACAAUGGCGGCAGAGACAAUGGACACACAGUGCCAAAUGCAAGAGGCGCAGACUGAAGGGGUUCAGGGGCUGCAGCUGGACGCCAGCGGACAGUUAUCCAACGUGCAGAUCUUGGUGAUAGAAGAAAACAAUCAGGAAGAAAACAAGUCCAAAUGAGGCUCUAGAAAACCACAAAUUCAGCAUCACUGUAAAUAUGCCCAACUCAAACCUACACCAACACUAUGGUGGCUGCUUGUGCAUACGCUCUACCUUUCACCCAAACACUUAACAGCCACAGCCCCCUGAGUAUUUAUGUGUUUCAGCCCUGAGGGGGGAGUUCCUGGUUUAGAACAUCAGGGUUCUUGGUUUAGUUGUUUUAGACCCGAGUUUGUUGGCUAGUUUCUAAACCCAAACAGGAAGUUAUGAAGCAUCUACACGUCCCCGCUCAGCAGGAACCACAAACCAGCCUCUGCCUUUUCAUGUGGUGAGCUCAUAAAUGGUUCUGCAGCAAACAGGAACACAGUUGUGAUGGAUGGUGAACUCCGUAACUCGUGCUGCACUCCGUGUUUCAGGAUGACAUGAACAUUUCCUCAGACCUGAGCUGAGUGGCUUUUCUGCACAGAUGAAACAAAGUUCACUGGAAAUGCUUUAGCACCAGCGGUUUUAUCCCUCCCUCCCCCGAUGCUUUUUUUUCUCUGCUUCGUGAUAAUGCAAGCUCACAGCUUGUCUAACUGAUUCAUAAGAAAAUACGUGCUUAAUGUCCAAACUUGCCUGCUAUUUUCACAUGUAAAGUAGCGACAUAUUUAUUAGUUUUCAAACUCGAGGUGGGCCUGGGUGAUGAGCAAAUGUAGAAUAAUUUAACUUGUUUGUUACAGCGCACACUGACAAAGACCUAUUCAAUUAUUUAAUUUAACAAAUGAGAGUGUUUGCAAACAGAAUUUGUAAUGUGUUUUAAUAUUAAACUGUUAAAAGAAACAAAGGA